GUUUUUACAUAUCCACUUAAAGUAUGCACUCGGCGCAGAAAGACACCACCUUCACCAAGAUCUUUGUGGGAGGUCUUCCUUAUCACACAACAGACUCGAGUCUCAGGAAAUAUUUCGAGGUGUUUGGAGACAUCGAGGAGGCUGUGGUCAUCACUGAUCGGCAGACGGGGAAAUCCAGAGGUUAUGGAUUUGUGACCAUGGCAGACCGGGCCUCUGCUGACCGAGCCUGCAAAGACCCAAACCCCAUUAUAGACGGCAGGAAAGCCAAUGUGAACCUGGCCUACCUUGGGGCCAAGCCCAGGGUCAUACAGCCAGGAUUUGCAUUCGGCAUGCCUCAGAUCCACCCAGCAUUCAUCCAAAGACCUUACGGGAUCCCUGCCCACUAUGUCUACCCUCAGGCCUUUGUCCAACCCAGUAUGGUGAUCCCUCAUGUACAACCCUCUGCUACUUCGACAACAGCUGCUGCAGCAGCCACUUCCCCAUACCUUGACUAUACUGGAGCAGCAUAUGCCCAGUACUCUGCGGCUGCUGCCACUGCUGCCGCUGCUGCUGCUGCUUAUGAGCAAUAUCCGUAUGCGGCCUCACCAGCACCGACAGGCUACAUGACUACAGCAGGGUAUGGGUACGCAGUCCAGCAGCCACUCGCCACUGCUGCCACUCCAGGAGCUGCUGCUGCCGCUGCUGCCUUCAGCCAGUACCAACCUCAGCAGCUCCAGACAGAUCGCAUGCAGUAAAACAUGAAAACUACCUUAGAGGUGGAACGCAGUUGAGAUUAUGGGCUCCCAUGAGAAGGGCAAAGCUAGGAGGGAGAAAAAUCUAGAGGUUGAAAGAUGGUUGUCAGUCUCAGGUCCAAAGAACCUGAAAAAAUCACAAGAAAUGUCGCAACAAAUGAGGAGAUACUGUAUAUUUUAUUCAGAUGAGAUCAGUAUUUGUCACCAUUAAAUAUUUAAUGUUAAUUGAAAUAGACUCACUUGACCUCAUUGCUGAAUUUUGUAUAUAUAUUGCAGAGGAAAAAUUCCCAAGUGCAUUCAUGUCUUAUGAUCAGGUUUCUUCCCCACUACUUUGAAAACCAAAACAUUGGCAUACAUAUGAGUACAGUAUGUUAUGUCAUGCAGUUUUCAGUAUUUCAUAGUUUUGGACCAGUAUUUUGUUUGGUAAAGCUAUGCAGAUAACAAUAGAAAAAGUGUAAGUGUUUUGUUAGGAUUGUUCUCCUUUUCAUAACUGUUUGGUUUGAGAUAGAAUAGACACCCUCAUCUAGCUCCCCUUUAAAAUGUAUUUUCUAGACAGUAGAUGAGACAAAAGGCUGAGGUGACAGCUGAAGCUGGAAAAAGCACUCACUAUUCUCUCCCUUUUAAAUUGCACCUCAAGUGAGCUUAGCAAAAGGGGGAGAAACAUUAUUGAAUGUGAAUCUUGCAUUUUGAGAAAAUGUUUCCUAAUGUGCCUUUUUAAAUUAUGCUAUUUAUGUAUUUAUUAUGGAGCCUUACAGUAAUAAACCCUUUAUUUUUGUGUCUAUGUGUUAGUAUGAAGACUACAAUGAAACAUGUCCAUGUGUGCUGCUGCAUUUUGAAUGAUCAAAAGCAUAUGAUGGAUGUUUAAACUUGGUUUAAUAAAACGCUACACUAUGUAUAAAGAACAAAAUAUGAAAAGUAGCAAUAAGUCCAAAGCUUUUUUCCUGUUUUCUGUAGAUUUAAUGUUGUUGUCUCAAAUAGAUUCUUAAUUCUUUAAUGUCGCUUUUUAUACUUGACCAGUUUGAUAAAGGAGUGUAAGAACUGUUAACUUUUUUUUCUCUCUACAUUUGGUGUCAUUUGACAUUGAAUGUUUUCAAAUGCAAGAGCAUCACCUAUUUCACCUUGCAUAUUGUAAUGCAUGACUCAAAAUGAUGCAAACAUUUAAUAUGUGAAAUAAAAGGAAGUUUACCUCAACUUUU